CAUCUUCCUCACAAACAGACAAUUCUAGAAAUCGGAAUGGCAGAAGAACCAUCACUCAUCGGGACCGACUUUGACGACGAAAUCCACGGCCCUCGCCCUACGGUCGAUGAGGUUCUAGCUUGUCAGUUGUCGUCUUGGUAUCCCACUUUUUCAAAUAUUCUUCCCCUGAAUGCAUCGGAUAGAGAAAAUCAUCAAUGCGAUUCCACUCAACAACAACGCCAAAAUAAGCUUCGAAAAAAUGUGACCAUCCCAUCAGUUAUCAUAAAUGACCUGCCAAUGCCGGAGUUCAAGAAUUUUCUGUUGACGGAUGGGGUGAAACUGCCCAGGGGUGCUACCAAACUCUCUUCCUGUGCAGGGGUUUCCAGCAAAAGCGACGACUACGAAAACGGCGACAACGAGGACGACGAGAAUGAUGUCGAGUUUCAUUUCCCGGAUCUGAAUGACCGAAUCAUUGAAACAGUCAGGGAACGAUUUUCAUCGGCUGGAGCAGUCAUGCCAAAACUCAACUGGUCGGCACCGCGGGAUGCAACUUGGAUCAACGAGGGGACGAUGAAAUGCAAGACACCGGGAGAUGUAUACUUAUUACUAAAGAGCAGCGAUUUCUGUACCCACGAUGUUCUCUAUCAAUCGCUGCAAGAUUGCCAAGACUACAGAACCAAGGUUGAAGACUACGAUGGCGACUCAUUAUCACCGGUACACCCACCCCUGCAGUUGAUUUUGCGGAAAUGGUGCAAUCUAAAUCCGAGCAUGGAAUUCCGCUGCUUUGUGCGGCGCCACGAGCUGCUCGGAAUUUCACAGCGCCAACACUCCGUUCAUUUUCCACAUCUCAAGCAAGACAAGGACCAGAUAUACGAUCUGAUCUACGACUUUUUUGAGGAUUAUGUCAAGCAUCGGUUUGCAGAUGGAAAAAUUGGCAACUAUGUGUUAGAUGUGUUUCUCGACAAGAAAGACCGGAUUUGGGUCAUCGACUUCAAUCCGUGGGCACGCACAACGGAUUCUUUGCUCUAUGAAUGGUCGGAGCUGAUGUCCAUGGACGAUGAACCAGAAGACAACGACGACGAGGGAAUCCGGAUUGCUGCAUCCGAAGGAGAGGUUCGCCACGAUCCACUAUCCUCCUAUCGGGCACCGAUCGAUACCGUCGAUUUGGCUUCCAUGACGCAUGGAGAUGCGAAACAAUUCGAAGAAUUCAUGAAACUGUGCCAGCGGCCGACGUAUUGGGAAGAAAAUAGCGACGAAGACGAGGAGGAUUGAUGGUAACAAUGGUUGAAGCAAUUAUAAUCAACACGUCAAGUUUCC